CCCGCUGAGGAGGAGGAGGAGGCGGCUCUGAGGGGGCUCCGGACAGAUUCUCAGCUCUGGCUCAUCCCGGCGGGACCCCAUGACCUUCCCUGACAGGCCCUCACCAUGAGCGAGGACUCAUGCCGCACCCGGAGCCAGAAGCGCGCCCUGGAGCGGGAAUCGGAGCCGGAAAAUAAAAAACUCAGGAUGGACAAAGGAAUUCUGGGAUCCGACCUCAACUCCGAGGGGGACGUGAAAAUCAAAGCGGAUCCCGGAGCCGGGAAAAUCCCGGGAAUGUUGAAAAGUGGGGAAGUCAAAGCCACCAUCAAAGUGGAGCUGGCGGCCGGGGAUGAGCCCGUGGAUAUGAGCACAUCCAAAGGGGAUUCCCGACGGGACCGGGACCGGGAUCGGGACCGGGAUCGGGAUCGGGACCGGGACCGGGACCGGGAUCGGGAUCGGGAUCGGGACCGGGAGCGCCGCGUUCCCUCCCCGGAUGUGAUCGUGCUGUCGGACAACGAGCCCUCGAGCCCCCGCGUGAACGGAUUGUCCCGGAUCCCCCUCCCGGAGCCCGGAUCCGAGGCUCUCCUGCGGAGCCCGGAGCAGCGGGAACGUCUGAUCAAGCAGCUGCAGGAGGAGCUGAGGCUCGAGGAGGCCAAGCUGGUUCUGCUCAAGAAACUCCGGCAGAGCCAGAGCCAGAAGGAAACCCCGGCUCCCAAGCUUUCCUCGGCUCCCUCUGGAAGCGCGGCCACGCCGCCGCCCUUGGUGCGGGGUCCUCAGGCUCUUCCCGCUGGGAAAACUUCCCUCCAGCCCUCUUCCAGCCGCAUUCCGGGCUCUGGGAUCCCUCCCCCGCUGCUCCGGGGGGGCCAGGCAGCCACGGCCAAGCUGGGAUCCCAACAGAACCCCCAAAUCGUGAUGCCCCCCCUGGUCCGAGGGGCCCAGCAAAUCCACACGAUCCGGCAGCACUCGAGCACGGGCCCGCCCCCGCUGCUGCUGGCCCCGCGCGCCUCCGUGCCCUCGGUGCAGAUCCAGGGCCAGAGGAUCAUCCAGCAGGGCCUGAUCCGCGUGGCCAACGUGCCCAACGCCAGCCUGCUGGUCAACAUCCCCCAGGCGUCCCCCACGUCCCUGAAGGGCUCGGCGGUGCCCUCGGGCCAGGCUGGCAGUGCCCCGGCGGGUGCCACGUCCCUGGGUGGCCCCGGGGACGCUCCGGGCAGCCGGCAGGCCGCAGCCAAGCUGGCUCUGCGGAAGCAGCUGGAGAAGACGCUGCUGGAGAUUCCCCCUCCCAAACCUCCCGCCCCAGAGAUGAAUUUCCUGCCCAGCGCCGCCAACAACGAGUUCAUCUACCUGGUGGGGCUGGAGGAGGUGGUGCAGAACCUGCUGGAGAGCCAAGGUGGGCACGGGAAGGUGGCGGUGGCCGCGUCCUGCCGGGAGCCCUACCUGUGUGCCCAGUGCCACACGGACUUCACGUGCCGCUGGCGGGAGGAGAAGAACGGCACCAUCAUGUGCGAGACCUGCAUGGCCUCCAACCAGAAGAAGGCCCUGAAGGCCGAGCACACGAACCGGCUCAAGGCCGCCUUCGUCAAGGCCCUGCAGCAGGAGCAGGAGAUCGAGCAGAGGAUCCUGCAGCAAACGGCCCCUCCCGGGCAGCCCAAGGCCGAGCCCGUGGGCCAGCACCACCUCAAGCAGGUGAGGGCCCACCCCAGCACACCUGGGGAUGUCCGCAAGUGGGAAAAAUGCUUGGGGUUCUCUCAGAGUUGGAGUUGUGGAUUUGGGGUGCUGAGUUCCAGCCAGAUGUCCCGAGGUGCCAGCGCUUCCCGAGGGGUCCUGCACUCCUUCAGCCCCUCUCCCAAAAUCCAGAGCUCCUCGGCCAGCGCCUCCCUCGGCAGCCGGCCCGGAAAACACUCGGAGAGAUCGAGCAGCAAGAGCAGUGCAGGAACCUGGAAGAAAAAUCCCAUCAACACAGGUGGGGCCCUGCCCUUCGUCAGCCCCGCUCUGGCCGUGCACAAAUCGGCCUCGGCCGUGGACCGGCAGCGCGAGUAUCUCCUGGAUAUGAUCCCGCCCCGCUCCAUCCCACAGUCGGCCACGUGGAAAUAAUUCCCGAGGGAGAACUUUGCCAGGCUCUGCCAUCCUAUAUAUAUAUAUAUAUAUAUAUAUAUUUUUUUUUUUUUUUUUUUUUU